AAAUGAAACAAGCCAAGUCGAGCCGAGCUUGUCACGAGUCGAGCGAGCUAACGAGCCACGAGCUUUUCGUCCAAUCCUAAUGAUGAUGCUGUAGUCCAGUUCCAACCUCGAAUUAUCCUUUUUUUUUCUCCGUAUUCUGUCCCAAAACACCAAAAUCCAUGGUUCAAAUCACCUAACCAACCUUUGGUUUAUCUGGUCGAUCCCUCGAGGUUCCUCCACUUGCUCCCCGCUAUCAAGGUUUCUGGAAAUCCAUUCUGACUUUGAUUUUUUUUCUCUGUCUGAUGAUGCUGUUGGUGAUUCCUUGGAUUGGUUGAGAGUUAUUCUGUUCCGGUCUGAAUCCUAAUCUCCCAGCAAUCCAAUCCGUACAGUUCGUUGCGGUGUGUACUUCUCUGCUGGCCUGUGUGGUGAGGUGAUAGCUAAACUAAUAGGAAGAUGAAGCGCAAGCGUGGGCGUAAGAUGGGCAAGAAGGGCAAGUUGAAAGCUUCCAUCACAGCGGAUGCUUCUCCAAUGUCCCCGUCCAGCCCGAGCACCGUGGAUGCUUCCUCAAAGUCCCCCUCCAGCCCAAGCACAGAGGAGAACGGCACCAGCCCAGCGCAUCAUCAGGCAGAUAAUGCGCCUGUUAUUGCUCCGCCACCAGUGCCUGAACCAGCACCUCCUGAGCCGGAGAAGCCAGCCGUGUCUACUGACGUACAGAAUGCUAAGCCAAAAGUCUAUAGCCGAGUCAGGUUGAAGUUCAAAUCUGCCAAAGUGUUGGAGACGCACCAGGGUCCUUCAGAAGCAAAAGCACCUGUUGAUGGUGGUGGUGGUAAACCUGCAAGUGCUGCUCCUGAAGCGAGCAAAGAAGUUGCGGAGAAGGCUAUUGUAUCACCAGACGGACAGAAAGAUGCGCAGGCAGCAGAAUUGAGUGGUUCUGAUAAGGAUAAGAUGGCAAGAAAAGUAGCAAGCAUAAAUAUCAAGUCUGUAGGAUUAUCUUCGGUAGAAGAUAAAAAUCAGGACAGGAAAGCUGAUUCAGUCAGUGAACCUCUUCCAAGCAAGCAGGAAACCGUAUUGGAAAAUGUAGAAAGCGAGACUGCAUUGGAGCCGAGAAGCUCACAAGAGUUGGAGGUAAAGCAGGCUACGCCAGAACGUCAGCGAGAUGACAGAGAGCUAACUGCUGCACUUGAAGCUAUUAAGAAAGUCAUGAAGAUGGAUGCAGCUGAGCCGUUCAACACACCGGUGGACCCUGUUGCUCUAGGAAUACCUGAUUAUUUUGAUAUUAUUGAUACUCCUAUGGAUUUUGGCACAAUAUGUCAAAAUCUAGAACGUGGUGAUAAGUAUAUGAACUCGGAGGAUGUGUAUAAGGACGUGCAAUUUAUAUGGGAUAAUUGUACCAAGUACAACAGUAAAGGUGAUUACAUUAUAGAGCUUAUGAAACGGGUGAAGAAGGGCUUCAUGAAAAACUGGCUGGCAGCAGGCUUGUAUUCUGAUGCGCAGGAGAAUGGUGGCAAUGAUAACACAGGCGAUGAGGAUGUCAAAGGUUCAAAAGGCAAGUCUAAGCAAAAACGGCGGCGCCUAGGGAAUGAUCGACACAAAAAUGACUGUGCAUGUGCUGUUUGUCAAGUUACACGCCGCAAAAAGGAAAAGGAUGAAAUCUUGGCUGUCAUUGAAAACGAUACAGCUGCAGUGAAUAGUAACAUUUCUGACCAGCAAAUCAUGGAGGUAGACUCAGGCAUUAAUAACGCUGGUAGUCAUGACACUACCUCUAGUCAGGAGCAACCACCACAAACUGAUAUGUACAGAAGAACAGUGGUAGCAGAUGAUUCAGGGACUCUGAUAGAAAAUCAUGUGAAAUUCUUCAACAACCAGCCACUGCCACAUGAUUAUGAGGAUGAAGGCUCCAGACCAUACUUUGACGAAAAAGAAGAGGUAGACUAUACGGAUUUGAUCAGUCAGGAGGAACAUACAUCCAGUCAGCCCAAUGAUGGCUCCGAAAUUGCACAACACCAACAUAAGGAGCCAACAGAAACAAGCCAGGAGAUUGAAAUGGAGGAUUAUCCCAUACAGAAGGAGAACCAAUCAUUCUUGCAACUCUGCGCACGGCUUUUCCCCAGCAACCAGAGUUCUGUUUUCAGGGGACGCCAUUCUCUGUUCCGACAGCAACAGCGGCAGGUUUCAAUGAAGGGAAGCCCUCUGCAUGCGGCCAUAACAGCGAUAAUGAAACGGUAGGAGUUUUGUCCCUCCAAUGGCUGCUUAGCAGCAGCCGUUUCGUGUAAAGGAAGCUCAAGGCAGCGUUGUGACUUUGGGAAAGAAAGCUGUACCCUGAAGUCACGGGAGCUGGUUGGAAUAAAACAGGUUAGUUGAAACAUAUCUUUGAGCUCAGAGGCUAUAGCUUGAUUUAGGUACGAAAUUAGUUGGGAGAUACCUGUCUAUUGUAUGACAAUUAUCUAUGUGUAAGGCUGUAAGCUUCAUAUUUGUAUCAAGAUAAUUGUGAUAGUCACAUGUUGCCACAUUGCUUACCGCGCUGGAGUAGGGUUGUACUUGAACCUUAUAAUUGUAUUGUUGGUGUCAAAAGAUUUAAUUAGUAUUUGGGCCGAUUCUUCUUCUGUCCA